AUGAAGGGCAUGUGGGGAGUUAGCCUCGUCGCGAGCGCUUCGCUCGCUGGGGCGAUAUCAACUGCAUCACUCACAGCAGCAGAGACUACAGUGACUUCCACUGCCAACUCGGCACCUGCGCUGUUCAACAAUGAGCAGGUGCAGUUGACCGAAGGCGUGCUUUCUGAUGUGUCAGCGACCUUGCAGAAUAACACUAUCGCCAACAUGUUCGCCUUUGCCAACAGCUCCACGGUAUCCAAGAGAAGUGUUCGUCAUAGCUGCAAGUCAAUGCCCGGGGACUUAUGGUGGCCCAUCGAUCUGAUUUGGGACGUCUUCGAUAUCCUGCUCGGCGGCAGCCUGAUCAAGACAGUACCCCUGGCAUCCUACUGCUAUCCGGACUGGCCGCAGUACAAUGCCGCUAAGUGUGCAAGCAUCACAGCUGACUGGCUCAACUCGGAUCUACACAUGACCGACCCUACCUCAAUCAUGCUACCGCUGUACGAGGGCCGCUCGUGCCUACCAUCCCCGUAUAGCCACACUGAUAGCUGCACGCAGGGUGCCUAUCCGACGUAUGCAGUCAAUGUAUCCACCGUGGCCCAAAUCCAGCUCGCUGUCAAUUUUGCUCGUAACUUGAACUUGCGUCUAGUGGUUAAGAAUACCGGACAUGAUUUCAAUGGUAAGGCCUCCGGCAAGGGUGCCCUCUCCAUUUGGACUCACUACCUCAAGGACAAGGAGUAUCUCCCAAACUUCAAGGCUGCCAAUGGUUAUGUCGGUCCGGCCAUCAAGUUUGGCUCGGGUGUCCAGGUCUGGGAGGCUUAUGAGUUUGCUAAGUCCGUGGGCCACUCGGUUGUUGGCGGAGAAGCCGUCACCGUCGGUUUGGGAGGUGGCUACACUGCCGGUGGUGGCCACUCACCCCUUUCCAGCAUGUACGGUUUGGCGGCCGAUCAGGUUCUGGCCAUGCAAGUCGUUCUGGCAGAUGGUCGAUUCAUCACUGCCACCUCCACUGAGAAUUCAGAUGUCUUCUGGAUGCUUCGCGGUGGUGGUGGUAGCACCAUUGGAGUUGUCACUUCUUUAACAGUCAAGGCUCUCCCUCAACUGGAGACCACCACUGUGACCUUCAAUUUCACGGUGAACGACACUCCUGGUCCGGAUGCUUUCUGGGCUGCUGUUGGGUCCUAUCUCGACCAUUUUGAGACCUUUGUUGAUGCUGGCACCUACGGUUACUUCUACAUUGGUGCUUCCGAGGCCAUGUUUGGUACCACAUAUGCCGGUGAUCCUAACUUCUACUUCCGUAUGGAGUCCUUCGUCGCACCCAACAUGAAUGUUGCCCAGACCGAGGCACUCCUGGCUCCAUGGUUUGAUACUCUGAAAGGCCUCAAUGUCUCCUACACUCCGUGGUACAACCACGCGGAUAACUUCCAUGAUGUCUGGGCAGUGGCCUUCCCUCAGGAAUACGUUGGAACCGAUGUUGUCAAGACUUCUUCUCGUCUGCUUCCUCGUAAUGUUUUCCAGAGUGAUGAUCUCCGCAAGCAAACUUCGGCCGCCUACAGGGACGCUGUCAAUAAGGGCCUUUUCAUUGCGGGCUUCCACAUCAGCGGCACCGGCAUUGCCGCGGAGCCCCCCACAGACAAUGCCGUGCUCCCCGCAUGGCGCGAUGCCCUCUCACACGUUAUCUUCGGUGCCACAUGGAACUUCACAUCUUCCUGGGAUGUGAUUAAGAGUACCUCGCUCUUUGUCACCGAGUGGAUGGACGUUAUUCGUGAGAUUGCCCCAGACUCAGGCGCCUACAUGAGUGAGGCCGAUCUCCUCGAGCCGAACCUCCAGGAGGCCUUCCACGGCUCCAACUACCCUCGUCUCUACGCCCUCAAGCAGAAGUAUGAUCCUACAGGCCUUUUCUUUGCUCUGACUGCCGUUGGUGCUGAGGACUGGGAGGUUCAGACUGUUGACCCUCUGCCUUACUCGUGGAAUAAUAAUGGGCGACUCUGCCCAAAGUCUUCUUGA